UUUAUUUAUUUUGAAGCGGGAGAUACCAUUAUUUGUUGGACAUUCUGGCACGCGCCGCUCUCACCCCUUCUAAGCCCAUAACUGCUACUUAUGCCUCCGCUGAUGCUACAACUCAAUUACAUAAUUUUCUUCUACCCGCAUUGCCCUAUAAUUCACAUUUGGGCGUUUAUGUCUGCGUUGAAAAGUACGUUUUUUUUCUUUAAUUUUCUGAACACUUUGGUGUCGUCGAAACUAGCUUAAAGGUGGACGGCUCUAAAAUUGAAGAAGCUAGCUGCACUUCUGAGAUUUAAAAGGUGUUCGCGCUCCCUGACAUUAGUGGGACCAUAACAAUGGUGUGUCCUCUCUCCAUCUCCCUUGUGACCUCUAAGCAUCAUAAGACGUGUCGUUCGCUGAAGCCUCCAUGGCUUUGCAGGCUCUCAUACACUUCGGUAAACAGCUGCUAAGGGUAAAGGUGGUCAAUGGAAACUCGGAAGAGUCUCGUCUGUCCAGAUGUCUCAACACCUUCGACCUGGUCGCCCUGGGCGUCGGGAGCACGCUGGGCGCUGGCGUCUAUGUGCUCGCUGGUGCAGUUGCGCGGGAUAAUUCAGGUCCAGCUAUUGUGCUGUCUUUCCUGAUAGCAGCUUCAGCCUCGGUGUUGGCGGGUCUUUGCUACGCCGAAUUCGGAGCGCGCGUUCCUAAGACGGGUUCAGCGUAUCUUUACUCCUAUGUGACCGUGGGAGAACUCUGGGCCUUCAUCACUGGAUGGAACCUCAUCCUCUCUUACAUCAUUGGUACGUCCAGCGUGGCACGUGCGUGGAGCGCCACGUUUGAUGAGUUGAUAGGGAAGCAAAUAGAGCAGUUUUGCAGGACAUACAUGUCAAUGAGUGCACCAGGGGUUCUGGCUGAGUACCCUGACAUGUUCGCUGUUUUCAUCAUAUUCACUCUAACAGGUCUCCUGGCAUUUGGAGUGAAAGAAUCAGCGAUGGUCAACAAGGUCUUUACUUGUAUCAACGUUUUAGUUUUAUUGUUCAUGGUGGUCUCUGGGCUGGUCAAAGGCUCUGUGAAGAACUGGCAGAUCAACCCUGAGGAGAUCCUCAAUGUCACCUUUACAAGCAACUCAAGUCAGAAUCAGACUGAAGUUCUUCCAGCCAAGGAGAGUUUAGGAGCAGGCGGCUUCAUGCCGUUUGGAUUCUCAGGCGUCCUGUCAGGAGCUGCCACCUGUUUCUAUGCCUUUGUAGGGUUUGAUUGUAUUGCUACAACAGGCGAGGAAGUGAAGAACCCGCAGAGAGCCAUCCCGAUCGGAAUCGUGUCCUCGCUGCUGAUCUGCUUUGUGGCCUACUUUGGCGUUUCCGCCGCCCUCACCCUCAUGAUGCCGUACUACCUGCUGGACAGCAACAGCCCUCUGCCCGUCGCGUUUAAAUACGUGGGCUGGGGAGGAGCCAAGUAUGCUGUGGCUGUUGGGUCGCUGUGUGCUCUGUCUACCAGCCUGCUGGGCGCUAUGUUCCCUAUGCCUCGUGUGAUCUGGGCUAUGGCUGACGAUGGGCUGCUUUUCAAGUUCAUGGCCGAGAUCAGCCCCCGCACCAAAACCCCACUAACUGCAACCUUUGCCUCUGGCACAGGGGCAGCCAUCAUGGCAUUUCUGUUUGACCUAAAGGACCUGGUGGAUCUAAUGUCUAUAGGAACUCUGCUGGCCUACACAUUAGUCGCUGCCUGUGUGCUGGUGCUCAGAUACCAGCCUGAACACCCCAGUCACAUGUAUGAAGCGGCCAGCGAUGACCUGAGCGAUGGCAUCAGUGUCCCCAGCAUGGGCAUGCUGCCCGGUGUGGAAGAGCGGUUCAGCUUCCACAAUCUGCUCUUUCCUGACCAUCCCGAACCUUCAACGCUGUCCGGAUCCACCGUCAACAUUUGUACCUCAGUUUUAGGAACGCUGAUCCUAGCCUUUAGCAUCCUGGCGGUGCAGGCCGGCAUCGUGGCUUGGAACAUGGUGAUCCUCUCCGUCAUCUUCAUGGUGUGCCUCCUGCUCGUUUUCAUCAUCUGGAGGCAGCCCGAGAGCCGGACGCCGCUGUCCUUCAAGGUUCCCCUGGUGCCCUUCAUCCCAGUCAUCAGCAUGUUUGUCAAUGUUUACCUGAUGAUGCAGCUGGAUAGAGGCACCUGGGUUAGGUUUUCAGUCUGGAUGGCGAUAGGUUUGGUGAUCUACUUCAGCUACGGCAUUUGGCACAGCACAGAGGCGUCCGCGACCCACUCCCCGUUAGCCACCGAGAUGAACGGCUUCAAGCUGGACCACGAACUAGAAAACAUGUCGACGGAAAAAGAACUCUUCCUCCACAACGGCAUCGACGUUCGGGAAGACAACGGCGGAGAUUUGUAGAAAGCUUUAAAGAACACACAGAAAGUGUUGAUUCUUUUGUCCGGAUUUCUUCCUUCUCUUUUCUCUCGAGGUUUUCUCUCUAUGGGAAGUCAUGAUGAAUAAAAUCCACAAACCUGGACUUUUCUCUAGAGGGGUGGGAGGAACGCAGACUGCUGGAGAUCAUUCUCCAGACUGAAGUACAACUUUAUUUUAAGGUUGAUCAAAAAGCCAUAACUGAUAUUGCUUAUUUUUACAACAUUGGGUUAGUUUUUUUCAGUCCUGAUACGAGAGGUUGUAUUUGAUUUAUCAGUUUUCUAUUUGGCUGCUGUCUAGGAAACUCCUCUGCUUUUUAUCUUAAAAAGCCCAAACAUAACACUAGAUCCAACUGUUUCAUGUAUGUUUUAUAAUAAAAGCAAAGUCUUAAUCUGCCUUUUUUGGCCAUAUCCUCCUCCGUUUGAAAACAAAAACCCGCCUGUUUUAGUCAGUGUUAUGUGCCUUAUUCUCUGUUUACACUUUCUCCCAAAGUAAAACAUCACCAGCAUAAGUUUAGAUGAACUCCAAAGAGAAACUAGGAAGUAUUAGAAACCGCGUUCUUCUUUCCUGCCUGCAGACGGAUCAGCAGAUUUCUGCUUAAAGAAACACAACUGGUUUCUAGACAGCUAAAGACAGAUUCCUGCUGGGAUUAUCUGAGCCUGAAUGACUCCCAGAGGUCCAAAUCCUGGUUCAAAACUCAACCGGAUCCUUUUAAAUGUUUGUGUUUUUGAUUAGUUGAUAUUAAAAUCUGUUCGUUUUGGAUUCCUGUUGGAUAAUAAAAUCAAAUUGACAUGCAGUAAGGGAGUGUCAGGUAAGAUUAAGAAUAUUGCUGUGUCAUCUCUAACUUUUAUCAUUUAUUUUCAUUUAAAAAAGCAAUUUUCUCCAUCACAUACAUUUUAGUACCAAAAUGUGAUCCACUAUCCAUUUUUUAAUGUUAAUAACUUCAUAAUUGUUGAUUUAAUCUGUUAAUAAAAUGUGUCAUGGAUGAAAUAUCUAUUUUUAACUAAAUGAUUCUGCUCCCCAUCUUUCAUGUAGACAUUUGUGUUAGUCAUUUUUUGUGGCUCCUGUCUAUAAAACAUGUUCAAUAAAUGUAAAAAUAUAUAUCUUAAAGUUUGGUUACUCAGAAUUACAUUUCACUCCUAUUGUCUACAAAAAAUGUUGUUUAAUGAACUUUUUACAUCAGUAUAUUUACUCACUGAUUGCCAACAUGUUUGAUCAGACUUGUAUAUAAAUGCAUUGUGUAUAUUUUUUUGGAGUAAACUUCUAGCAAGCUGUCAAAAAUGUGUUUUUGUUGACGCUAUUUAAGUAUUUGAGAGGAGAUUUUUUUUAUUCGGAUGUUGUGUUUUUAGAAAUGUUUACAGAUCUGUGUGAAUGAUGUUGCUUCUUUAAUUCAGUGCCUAACUGUAUAUCUCAUAAAUCUACAAAUAAAUACAAAAACAAAAAAAAUGCCCUAAAAUAUUAGAACACUACAUUAUGAAAUAUUUCUACAAGGUACUUUUUUAAUCCUCCUGAUAACUCAGAUGUGACUUAAUCUCCAACAACUUGCAUUAAUUUUCAUUUUCUUCUAAAUUAUUGCUUUGAAUGCAUGUAUGAUUAAACCUUAAAUUUAUCUUUUUGGGGCUACAAGCUAGGAUUUUACCUUUAAAAAAGAUAUCUAAUAUUUUGGUUCAUAGCUUUAAAGUUUUUUUUGUAGUAAUACCAUCCACUUAUCUCAAAAUGAUCUAAAAUAUACCUUCUUAUGGCCUUUUUAUUUACAAUAUGUUCUCUAACUUUGUCAUUUACAUCGGUGGUUCAGUUCUCUUGCUCUUCAAUGCUUUUUUUUCCCAAUAAUUAGUUUUUUCUGCCUUUUAAAUCUUGAAACCUUAAAUACAGAUAGAUUUUUGGGAGUUCAAACUUACGUAGAAUACAGCCAAAAAAAAAAAAAAAAAAUGGGGCAUGUAUUUUUCUCAUUGUCAACGACUAGAAUGUGAUUUGCAUAAUCUUGUAAAUAAAAUAAUUUACUAUCCUUUC